CUCUAUCUCUGGGUUUAGAGUUCAACCCCGCUGCGCUCUGGGACUUUGGUAUUUCUCUUCGGACAUUUCCUGGUGCAAUGUCAGCGGCAGCUCGACUGAAAAUUCUUCAGCAACAUCUCACCUCCGGGGUCAUAGCUGUUCCCACCUCUGGAGAAAUCAAUCCAAAUGCUCAUCAUGGAAGACUCUGCUACACUUUGGAAAACAGAGUUCUAACCCCUGAGCAGAGACUGUUUUAUGAGGAAAAUGGAUUCCUUCUUAUUAAGAAGCUGGUUUCUGAUGAGAAUAUUGAACUCUUCAGAGAAGAGUUUGAGAGGAUCUGCCGGAGGGAAGUUGAGGUUCCGGGAUUAAUAAUAAUGAGGGAUGUAUCCAUUUCUAAAACGGAGUACGGUCCAGAUCAACAAGCUAUUUCUAAGAUUCAAAGUUUUGAGAACAAUGAAACCAUGUUUAAAUAUUGCUGCUUGCCAGAGAUCUUGAAAUAUGUGCACUGUUUUACUGGCCCCAACAUCAUGGCGAUGCACACCAUGCUGAUCAACAAGCCCCCCGAUACAGGAGCAAAGACGUCCCGACAUCCUAUGCAUCAGGAUUUGCAUUAUUUCCCAUUUAGACCUGCGGAUCAGAUAGUGUGCGCGUGGACAGCCAUGGAGAGAGUGGAUCGCAACAAUGGAUGCCUUGUUGUGCUGCCAGGGACACACAAGGGGAGACUGGAACAACAUGACUACCCAGAGUGGAAGGGUGGUGUCAAUAAGAUGUAUCAUGGCAUACUUGAUUAUGACCCCAGUCACUCCAGGGUUCACCUUGUGAUGGAGAAGGGUGACACUGUGUUCUUCCAUCCUCUGCUCAUUCAUGGAUCGGGAACAAAUCAGACUCAGGGCUUCCGAAAGGCAAUCUCAUGCCACUUUGCGAGUGCUGACUGUUACUACAUCGAUGUAAAAGGUACCAGCCAGGAGAAUAUUGAGCAAGAGGUUCUUGGGGUAGGCCGAAGGAAAUACAAUUUUGGCCAAGAUGUAACUUUGGCAGAUGUUUGGAUCAUCAAAGGACGGCUUGUACAGGGAGAGAGAACUAACCUGUAGAUUAAUCUUGUCAGAGGGUGCUGUCUGUUUACAUCAAUUUUAUUUUACUUUAUGCCAUCCAUCAUCAUGUGUGAAUCAUUAGUUAUUUGCACUUGCAAUCUAUAAUCUUAUCUUCUUCAGUAUAAUUUUAUAGAUUUCAAAAUGACCUUUACCAACAUGCGUGCUACCUGUAUUCGUCCUUCAUGUGCCUUUUGUUACAAGUAAGGCAGGACUGUGGUCAUCACAGAGAAUGUUCUGCAAUUAAGCUCUCUGUGAUUCACUGAGGUAGAUGCUGACUGUCCUGAUUGCAGUAAUGUUGUUUGUUAUUUAUUAUAUUGUUUCAGAUUCUCUGUUAAUUAAUAUUGCUGCGAUAUAAAAUUACAUUUAUUUAGGUAAGAUAAGCCUUUUAGUGUAUUGCUUGGUCAAUUUGCAAAAGGCCACAUAUAAAUAUUUUUAAACCAAAUAUUUUGAUGAGUGUUGGGAUUGCUCAUGGCUGAGGGUGACAUAAAAUAGCUGCCUGUGAGUUUUAGUUGACGUACGAUAGCGGAGAAAAUUUUAUAGCCGAAGCAGUGCCUUGUUUACUAUUAAAGUAAACCAUAAAUUAGGACUGUUGUGGCUUUGUAAACAGAAUAUAUCCAAGGUAACAAGAUUAUAGUAGCACACAAAGGGUUUUACGAUGAGAACACAAAGGGUCCUGUUGCAUACAUGCAACUGCAGAUGUUGGACAGAGACAGCUGGAUAAGGACACCCUUGAGUAUGCUGGUAGAAGACUUCCAUACCUAGCUGGUUUAAAGUCUGAGAUCCAUCAGAAAUAGAUAUACUUCAGUUAAGAUUCCCAGAUAAUCACUGUUGCAGAUUUUGAAUAUACAUACAUAAUUUUCUUUUUUAAAAAAAUCACAAUAACCAUUGAAGAAGUUUAUGGAGAUUGCUCUGACCAAGCAGCCUUAGACAGUAGGAAGAGCCCCCCCCCCC